GGUUCAGAUUGAAGACCUGAAGGAAAGUGGACUCGGUUCCGUGUAAAAACGUAGUCUCGGAGUCCGGGUCCACGUAGAUCCGGUGCAGCCCUGCAGUCUGCGGCCUUUGCUGGUCUAAUGAGAACCAGAUGGUCUUGUUGUAAACCUCCUCCUCCAGACUUCAUGCGCGUCUCCUCAACUCUACACCGAGGACCGGAUCGGGUCUGGUGGUCCCUCUUUUGAGUCUUCCUCCGCAGACGAGACCCCGUUAGACGGACCGUGGGGUCAUUAGAGGAGCCACGAGACCGGAGGGGGUUCUGGCUCCGUCCCACUGGAGGAGUGCUUUAACAUUGGAUUUGUUGGGGGAAGUUCUUUGGACCUUGAACCGGACUCUGUCGGAGGAACCCGUCCAGACCUAGACCAAGACCAGGAGAGGAUGAAGAGGUGGGUCUUCCUCCCAUGCGGGGUCUCCUGAGGGGCUGCGGGAUGCUGCUCCGCCGCCGGUCCUGGUCCGGUCCGCUGCUGCUACUGCUUGGGGUGGCGCUCUGUCUCUUCUACCAGACCCGGAACCGGCUCCGGUCCGGACCGCGACCACCCGGAACCCGCAUCCAGAGCAGGAAGCCGUCUGAAGAAAUCCUGAUGGACGAGACCAGGAGGUGGAUCUCUGCUCUGGAGACGCACAUCCAAGUCUGGUCUCAGAGGCCCCCCCAGCAGCAUCGGGCCGUGGUCUUGACGGGUCGCCACCCCGCGUCCGACCCCGAGGUGCAGCUGUACCAGCAGGUCCUGCAGCAGAUGGACUACGAGGUCCAGCUGUCCAGAUACGCCGAGACCAGCAGCUUCCUCCGGACUAACCACGGUGUGAGGGGGUGGAGCCUGUUGCUUUGUCUCAGUAGUUCAGGGAGAAGCUUUCUGAGGAGAAUCUCCUUCUCUCACCUGCAGCGUCAUCAGACGGUGAACUUGUUGCCCAGGAUAAUUGAGGCCUUUUCUGAUGCAGGUGGAGGACUGUGUCACUUCUACACUCAAUCACACCUGACAGAAUCAGAAUUACCCAUGAUGCCACAUGCCUGUGGAUCGACCAAUCAGAAGCUGCAGAAUCCUCAGGACUCAGUAGUAGCCAGCAGAGGCUCACUUGCUGGAGCUCCGCCUCCUGCUCUGGUUGCCAUGGUGAAUAUUUACGUCCUGGUGACAUCAGUGAAGCCCCUGACUUCCUUCCUGCAUGACAUCAGCGUGGUGACGACCAAUCAGGAGCCGCAUGGACGGCCCACAAAGCUCAGGGACUUCCUGCUGCAGCAGCUGGGACCGACCGCAUCCCAUGAUGCAUUGGGGCAGAUAAAGAAGGUGACAGGUGACGUGCUGCUGGCCGCCCUGUCGACCAAUGAGAAGCAACAAACUCUCAACCGGUGUGUGUUGUGUUACCAGCUACUGACCUUCACUCUGCUCUUCAGCGGCUCCAUCACACCUGUCGUAGUUCAGGUGGAAACUGAUCUGACGUUUUCUUCUCUGAGCCACGACACGUUUGACGGACAGAUCACCAAAGACCUGAUCCUGGAGGACACACUCCGCUUCCUGCACCUGUCCUCAGAGACACGCACACAGACACAGUACGGUGGCUGCAAAGGGACACACGGUUGUUUUUCAGAGGACGAGUUUCUUCUUCUGCUUCAGUUUCAGCGGCAGAUGAAGACGCCUUCAGCUUUUCAGCUGCUGUAUCCCAGUAGCUCCUCCUCUUCCUCCUCCUCUUCCUCCUCCUCCUCCUCCUCCUCUCUCAGUGUCUCAGAUCUUCUGAUCAGUAUCAGCCAAUUCUACGAGCUUCAGAGAAACCAGAACUACAUAUUGAAUGAGACAGAAGAACGGACCAAUCAGGAGCCGUCUCUGUCUCCUUCUCAGGACGGGUUUGAAGGUCGAGGUCCCUGUGUGGACCCCCACCUGAGACAGAUCUACACCGACCCCCCCCUCACUCUGACUCCGCCCUUCAGCCGCCGGGUGAAGGAGUAUCGGGCGGAGGUGACCUUUGACACGCUGAUGGUCCGAAUCCGGCCGCAGCCCGUCAGCUCUGCCUGCCGGGUCCACCUGGACGAGCACCGAGGCCCUAGGAUGGCAAACUACCCCGUUGGCCUCGGCAACAGCAGGAUCAGCAUCCUGGUGACGGACAACGGCGAGCCGGAGACCGUCGUCAUGACGAUCUACACCGUCAACGUGUUCCGAGAGAGCCGACCCAGUCUGCCCAUGUUCGGGGAUCAUGUGACGUGCGGCUUCGUGCAGGAUUGUGGUCUGCUGGUUCAGCCUGGUAGGUCUUGUGGUCUCCAGCCUCUCAUCAGGACUCAGGUUCUACUUCAGACCUGCAGCUCAGGACACGUACCAGGUCGGUGGGUGGUUCCAUGCCUCAGCUGUUCUGACAACAGGACAUGUGAUUGGAGGGAGGUUGCCUGGCAACCAGACAGCUGUUAUCACCCAUUGGUUGACCGCCCCCUGCUGCAGGACUGUCUGACGGACAGGAAGGUGUUGUUUAUCGGCGACUCCACCAAUCGUGGGAUGAUGUACUUCCUGAUGGAGCGGGUGAACUCCAGUCUAGAGGACUGGGGGAAAGUUCACGACACACUGGUCUACAGGAACCUGAACAGGGGCCAGACUCUGGUCAGUUACUCGUAUUACCCUCAGUUCUGGUUGGAGAAGAACCAGAGGCCCACCUUCAGACAGGCGCUGCUGCAGCUGAUCGACAGGUCACGACCUCUGGUGAACUCUAACCUGACAGUCCUGGUGGUGGGAGGAGUCCAGUGGCUCAACACCAAUCACCUGAGGACAGUCAGAGAGGUGCUGAGCAGAGAGUCCCUCAGUGAGGUCCAGGUGAUGGUGAAAUCUUUGGGGAUGGGUUUCCAUCUCCCUGUCGACGGGAUCCGGUCUCUCAGUCUGGAAGAGGUCCAGGAUCUCCACAGAGAGAACCAGAACAUAAUCACCGCAGCAAAGCAUCAUGGGUACGAGGUGAUCGACACCUUCAGCAUCACGAUGGGUCGGUACAAAGAGUUCCUGCAGGGUCGCUGCGCCUGCCACUUUCAUGAGGUGGGGAAGUUUUGGUCCUCCAGACUUUCAGACGACACAACGUCCACAACCAGGCCCACCAGAGCCGGACCUGAACUCAGUAGCCAAUCAGGCAUGUCAGCUACGUCGUAUCACGUGAGAGGACCAGUGAACCAGGUGUACUCUGAGAUCCUGCUGAGCCGCCUGUGUCCCCCAAUAACUAGUCUCUGAUGCAUUCUUAUUAGGUUUUAUCAACAAUAACUAGUCUCUGAUGCAUUCUUAUUAGGUUUUAUCAAC